UUAAAAUGGAGUCUAUGCUGAACAAACUAAAGAGCACAGUCACAAAGGUGACUGCUGAUGUCACCAGUGCCGUUAUGGGGAACCCAGUGACAAGGGAAUUUGAGGUUGGGAGACAUAUUGCCAGUGGGGGACCUUGCAUGUGCUGGAGGAUUUACAAUGGCACCAAGAAGUCCACUAAACAGGAAGUGGCAGUGUUCUUUGAUAAAAAGGUAGUUGACAAAUAUCAGAAAUAUGAAAAGGACCAAAUUAUUGAUUCCUUAAAAAAAGGUGUACAACAGUUGACCAGACUACGUCACCCUCGUCUUUUGACAGUGCAGCAUCCUCUUGAAGAAUCACGAGAUUGUCUUGCAUUCUGUACUGAGCCCGUGUUUGCCAGUCUUGCAAAUGUGCUGGGUCAAUGGGACAAUCUCCCCAGUCCUGUGCCCAAUGACAUAAAGGAAUAUAAACUAUUUGAUGUGGAAACCAAAUAUGGCUUGUUACAGAUAUCUGAAGGGCUGUCAUUUCUUCACAGUGGAGUAAAAAUGGUUCAUGGAAACUUAAGUCCUGAAAACAUCAUUCUCAAUAAAAGUGGUGCCUGGAAAAUAAUGGGCUUUGACUUCAGCAUUUCCUCUAGCAACCCCUCAGAUGCAGAGCCUAAAUACUCAUGUAAAGAGUGGGAACCUAACCUGCCUCCUCUCUGCCUCCCUAACCCCGAGUACCUUGCCCCAGAGUACAUCCUGUCAGUGAGCUGUGACUCGGCUUCUGACAUGUACUCUCUGGGUGUGGUAAUGCACGCUGUCUUUAAUGAAGGCAAGCCUGUUUUCCAAGUCAACAAGCAUGACAUUUUUAAAAGCUUCAGUAGACAAUUGGACCAGCUGACCAACAUAAGUCCAGCACUGCUAAACAAAAUACCAGAAGAGGUUCGGGACCAUGUGAAGAUGCUUUUAAGUGUAACACCAACUGUUAGACCUGAUGCUGACCAGAUGACAAAGAUCCCAUUUUUUGAUGAUGUCGGAGCUGUAACUCUUCAGUACUUCGACUCACUAUUUCAAAGAGACAACCUACAAAAAUCACAGUUUUAUAAAGGCCUGCCUAAAGUUUUGCCUAAACUUCCCAAGAGAGUUGUUGUGUAUCGGAUCUUACCGGCGUUGACUUCAGAGUUUGUCAAUCCCGAUAUGGUUCCCUUUGUACUGCCAAACGUACUACUCAUUGCUGAAGAGUGCACCAAGGAGGAGUAUGUUCGACUCAUUUUGCCUGACCUCACCCCCGUUUUUAAGCAGCAAGAACCCAUCCAGAUUUUGUUGAUAUUUCCAAAAAUGGACUUGCUGUUGACCAAAACACCAGCAGAAGACAUCAAGAACAGUGUGUUACCAAUGGUCUAUCGCGCUCUUGAAGCUCCUUCCGUACAGAUCCAGGAGUUGUGUCUGAACAUCAUUCCUACAUUUGCUAAUCUAAUUGACUACCCAUCUAUGAAGAACUCUCUUAUUCCAAAGAUUAAAUCAGCGUGUCUGCAGACAUCUUCUCUUGCUGUACGGGUGAACUCUCUGGUGUGUUUGGGGAAGAUCUUAGAAUAUCUGGACAAGUGGUUUGUAAUUGAUGAGAUCCUCCCGUUCCUGCAGCAAAUUCCAUCAAGAGAACCAGCUGUGCUCAUGGGGAUACUAGGAAUUUACAAGUGCACUUUCAGUCACAAGAAGCUGGGUAUUCCCAAAGAACAUCUUGCCACGAAGAGCCUGCCCCACCUUGUGUCUCUCAGUAUAGACAAUAAUCUCAAUCUGAACCAGUUUAAUUCUUUCAUGGUGGUUAUUCGAGAGAUGCUGAGUCGAAUGGAGGCUGAACAUAAGACUAAGUUGGAGCAGCUUCAUGUGAUGCAGGAACAGACCAAAAGUUUAAACAUAUCGAACCAAGGGAACCAAUCGGAAGAGACAAAGCCACCAAACUCUGGAAACCAGAUGGAUGAUAUUUUUGGAAGCACAACUGUCAAUGGCAAAGAACAUGGUUCCUCUGCACCAGCCCUGAACAGAAUGUCUCUGACAUUAGAAGAAAAACAACGACUCGCUAAAGAGCAAGAGCAGGCUGCUAAACUUAGGAGUCAGCAACCAUUAGCACCACAAACCGUUAAACCAUCUUCCACUUCAUCCAAGCAGACAAAAGACCUGACCAGUAGCCUUGUAAACAACAUGACCUCUUUAAACAGUAUGUCUUUGGCCAACACGCCGCGUCCUGGUCCAGUGCAGGGUUCCACUAUGUCGCCCUUCCCUGCUCCUAACCCGAUGAUGGGCUCCAUGGGCGCUCCAAUGUCCAAUGGCUUCAAUACAUCUAUGGGCUUUCAGGCUGCUGGCAUGGGUAUGGGUAUGCGACCUCCAGGCCCCAGUCUUUAUGGUGGUAUGGCUACCACCACCAGCACCCCGAACUUUGGUGCCCUCACACAGAACCAAGGACAAAUGGGUCAGGCAAAUAAACCUCCAGAUAUGUCAGCCUUGGACAAUCUUUUUACAUCUAAUAAGCCCAAAGUUCCACUCAAUCAAAUGGGCCCCAAACCUGGUCCUGCCCCGGCAAAUAGCACUCCCUGGCCCAAUCAGUUUGGUUCAGCCCACAACGCUUCAAUGCAGGCAGCCCCAGCAGGCAUGGGUGGCUUUGGGAUGCAAGCCAACCCCUUUUUCAGUCCACAAAACUUUUCUCAACCUGCCGUCUCACCUGGCAUGAACCAAAGUGCAAUUAAACAGAGUACAUCAGUUAGUAACGACCUAAAAGACUUAUUUGGCUAAUAAUACUUAAAAGAUUAUAAAAAGAUAUAAUAAUUAUAAUUUUAGAUAGAGAUUUGUGAUUGGAAAAUUUAAAACUGGAGCAGGAUGAAUGUAAAAAACAAAAAACUUUUCUCUAUUUUGGUUAUUUAAUUGGAUGAUGACCUUCUAAAAAAUGCACCUAAAAUUGACUUUUUACUUGAAGAGGAUGUGGUAGGUGAGAACAUAUUCCUUAAAAAUGCUGGGAAUUAAAAUAUUUUCUUACAGUUUUUUACUCAAAACUUAGUGUGAUUACAAAUCUGAAGGAUCUGUCUUUGUAUCAUAAAAGGAAUUGGGUGGUAUUUUAAAAAGAUUAUCUAAAAAGAUGGCAUAUUUGUUAGUUUUAUUGUGCACAUCCAUACUGUCUGAUUCUUAAUUUUAUACUCAAGGCGGCUUUCAUGUUUUAUGGAUUUCACUGUCACAUAAAUAACUAAAUUGAUUUGUUUUUUAAUCUGAAAUCAAAAUAACAAAAAGCUGUUGGUUUUGAACAAAAUAAUAUGGCCCUUUGAAUCCUGUUCAUAAAAUUAGGAUAGAAUUGGGAAAAUCAUGCAUUCAGAAUUUAAUUAAAAUUUUCUCCUGUUAAAUUUCAAAUAUCUAAUUAAACAAUGUGACAUCA